AUGUCGCAGCGUUCGCGAAAACUUCAGCGUGCUUCGAAAGCCUGUGACUUCUGCAAUCGACGUAGCAUCAAAUGCAAUAAGAACAACGGCCCUCUCGCUCCCUGUCAGAACUGCGAGGACUUCGGUGUACGAUGCACAUAUGAUCGUCCUACCAAGCGACGAGGCGCCCGAAAAGAUGCCAGUCCUGCGGGUAGCCAGCCCAUACUACCCGCCGCCUCGGGUGAUGGCGCUGGAUCAUCUUCCUCUCGUCCAGCUCGUCAAGACUCUCUCUUUCGAUCUCAUUUAGCUGACCCGUCAUGGGAUAUGUUGAAUCCCGCAUGUACUGUAGCCGUCACAAGUGGUAAUGAUGGCAUUCUACCGAAUUCUUGGAAAGCAUUUGCUAUUGCUUGUCAGAGCACCAUUAUGGAUCUCGCCCAGGUCUAUUUCGAGAUCGUAUAUCCCAUAUUUCCUUUAUUUCAUCGAUCCUCGUUCCUGAAGCAACUCGAGAACAGCGAGCACCUUCAGGACCAGGGGUUAUUCGCUUCUACAAUGGCCAUGUGUGCUCUGGCGUCUGCGCGGGCUCGCGAUGGAGCCUUAUAUUCGAACCGCUGGAACCUCUCCCAGCUGGCAAAUCCUCCUUCCGAAGUCUUUUUGGCAGCGGCAAAGGAAUCUAUUCCUCGAGAUCUGGCAGCCGCUAAAGGAACGGAAUACAUGAGAGCAUGCGCCAUUCUUAGUAUUGCCAGCAUCCAGAAUGGUCAGAUUCACUCCAUGCAACAGUAUUCUGGAAUCUACCAUACUUUAAGUGGAAUGGAAGGGCUGUACGAUGAGAGGCUAUGGCCCAGAGACUUAAACCAUAAGAUUGUUGAGGUUCGGCGGAGAAUGUUCUGGUCCAUGUAUACUUUAGAUGUAUAUUCAUCCAUUGUGUGGGGUGGAGUUAUACGCUACCGAGAAGCCCAGUCGAAUGUACGUUACCCUGGUGAGCUGGACGACGACUCUUUCUCCGACAAUAGUCACGCUAUUUCGCCAACGGCUGUGAGCCAUGGUGAUGUUCAUGGUGGAAAUGAGAAGCUGGCUAAUUGGAUGCUGGGUUGGAACUUCACCACCGACCUCUAUAGAAUUCUCGAACAUGCUGUUGAUUGCCAGCGACGACGCUCGCCCCCAAACAACGGGACGGCGGAUUUCUGGUCUUUAUUCUUCCCAACUCAGAAGGCGGGAUCAUCGGUAAUGAAGCAGGUGCUAGCAAUGUACUCUGAACUGCCUUCUCAGUUUCGAGAAAUCCGGCCAGUUACUGGCGAUCCAACUUACGAUAUUGUCGGCUUCCAGUCGGCCAACAUACAGGCUACACUUCAGCUUCUGCGCAUGGUCAUUUCCUCAAACGAAGAACAAGGCGUGGAUGAAAAAUGUGACGUCGCAGGUCAAGUGCUAAGCGUGUUUUCCAAAGUGCCGGUUGAAUAUCUGAAAGCCAUCAGUUCCCCGUUGCUACAUCACUUGGGCGGCAUUGGCUAUAUGCUCGGAUCGGUUAUGGAAGGAAGGCUGUCAGGGUCAUCCUAUCAACGGGUCCGCGCGCUUCUAUUGGAGAUGGCCGAGCUUCUCCAUCGGUUGGAAUCAGGGCUACGCCGCUCUACCGGUACCAGCGAACGUCUGAAGGCGCAGGUAGGUCGAAUUGACGAGUACAUGCGCACCCAGGGAUGUUCCAACUUCCUUCCUGGUCUACAGCAAAUACCUAUCUCUGAGGUGGACGACAUCCAAGGCCGUUUUGACUUGUCAGUAAAUCACCAAAACAACAUUGAGUCAACAGCUGCAGCCCCAACUGGGUUUGACGACCAACUAUCCCAGUUUCAAUUACCACCGGAGCUACUGGAAGACUGGCCUUGGUCACUUGAUUCUAAUUUAGCGGACGGCGUGUUCCCAAUGACCUUUAUUAAUUGA